AUGCUUCUUCGGUUACCGCCCAGCCUCCACUACCCGAUCACCGUAACGUCGCUGCUCAAACAGCACGGCGAUACGGUGGAACGGGAUGAGGCUCUGUUCUGGUAUGUCUACGAGACAUCCGUCACCGAAGGCGAUGAGUUGGGCAACAAAUUCGUGGUGAAGCGUAAGUUUCCCACCAAGUUUGAGUCAACUGUCGACGGUGAGAUCGUCCAGUGGAAGAUUGCAAAGGGUGAUGUUAUUGAGGAGCCCUUGGAUGUUGUCGAAAUCGACGAGCCAUGCGCUCACGAAGUCCAAUUCGGUGGUCUCUGUGCCGAGUGUGGGAAAGAUAUGACUGAGGCGACGUAUAACACGGAGACGACGGAUUCGAUGCGCGCCCCCAUUCAAAUGGUCCACGAUAACACCGCGCUCACAGUGAGUGAGAAAGAAGCUACUCGAGUGGAAGAAGAUGCGAAGCGCCGAUUACUGUCGAAUCGAAAACUCUCGCUCGUCGUGGACCUGGACCAGACGAUCAUCCAUGCUACAGUGGACCCCACCGUUGGCGAGUGGAUGGAGGAUAAAGAGAAUCCCAACCAUCAAGCUUUGAGCGACGUUCGGGCGUUUCAGCUGGUAGAUGACGGACCGGGAAUGCGCGGAUGCUGGUAUUAUGUGAAGUUGCGACCGGGAUUGGAAACGUUUCUGGAGAAUGUCGCGGAACUUUUCGAAUUGCAUAUCUACACCAUGGGCACUCGGGCGUACGCGCAACACAUUGCGAGCAUCAUAGAUCCAGACCGCAAGCUAUUUGGUGAUCGGAUCCUCAGUCGUGACGAAAGCGGCAGCUUGACAGCCAAGAACCUUCACCGUCUCUUCCCGGUGGACACUAAGAUGGUUGUUAUUAUCGAUGAUCGCGGCGAUGUGUGGCGCUGGAGCCCCAACCUUAUCAAGGUGUCCCCCUACGACUUCUUCGUCGGCAUCGGUGAUAUCAACUCUAGCUUCUUGCCCAAAAAGCAGGAGCUCGGAGCGGUUAGCACCGCAGACAAGACGGCCUCCAAGGCUGCCAAGGGCCAACCGCCGGAACGCCCCGUCAAUGGUUCGACAGAAGAAGGCCCUGAGCAAGCAGAGGUGUCGACGUUGGAGCAGCUUGUCACGAUGGGCGGAGGUGAUAACCCGCGACUACUGCAGGAACAAAGUGACGCGCAAGAAGAGACGAUAAUGCACCAGGUUGAAGACCGGCCACUAUUGCAGAAGCAGAAAGAACUGGAUGCGGAAGACGAGGCCGAGGGUGAAGAUUCAGCUGCGAGCGAGGAUGAGUCGCAAGACCACAACAAGCAUCGACAUCAUCUGCUGGAGGACAACGACCGGGAGUUGUUUGUGUUAGAAGAACGGCUCGAGCAAGUGCACCGACAAUUUUUCGAGGAGUACGACAAGAAGCGAACGCUAGCUUUGGGCGGACGUGUUGCAGCGUUGAGGGGCGAGAAGACACCGUCCAAAGAGAAGGAUGUCGAUUUGAAACUUGUCCCUGAUGUCAAAGACAUCAUGCCAUAUAUCAAGCGCAAAGUUCUUGGAGGGGUGGUUUUGGUAUUUUCUGGAGUCCUCCCGCUUGGAACGGAUACGCAAAACGCCGAUAUUUCGUUAUGGGCGAAAAGCUUUGGGGCGGUUAUUUCUCAGAAGAUCAAUAUGAAGACGACACACCUGGUGGCUGGACGCAACCGCACUGCCAAAGUCCGUGAAGCAACGCGAUAUCCCAACAUCAAGAUUGUGACGACGCAGUGGUUGCUGGACUCCCUCACUCAGUGGAAGCACCUGAGCGAAGAUCCCUACCUGCUUCCUGUUCACCCCGAUGACCGAGGAGAGCCGAUUUCGCCAGGAUCCAAAGAGUUGGAAAGCUCGUGGCUCUCGUCAGAGAACGAAGAAGACUCAGGAGAGUUCUUGUCGGACGACGAAAACUUCACGGAGACUACGGAGGACAUUUUUAAAUCGUCCGGGCUCGACGAACAUUCGCCCAUCGGGUUUGACGAUGAUGAACUCGCGGCCGUGCACGAGGAAUUGAAGGAGUUCCUGGGCAGCGACGACGAGAGCGAAAGUGAUAAUGAAUCCACUGUCGCCACUGAGGAUGUCCCGAGCAAGAAGCGGAAACGGGGUGAUGGGCCGGAUGAUGAUGCCGACGAAGAUGGGGACAGCCAAGGUGAGGAAGAUGAUAUGCAAGGCUCCCGUCUUUCCCAGCGAAUCAAGCGGUCGUAUGAACGGAGCACUGGGCUUCGCGAAGUAGCGACCGCAAGUACGGCGGAACCGUCUUCAGAGCCGACGAACGCUGAACAACCUGCACCCGAGGCGAAGGAGCAGCCAGCCUCUCAGACCCCGAGUGCCGGCGGUCCGGAUGACCCCGACUACGACGAAGAUGAGUUCGAGCGUGAAAUGCUGGCGGCAUUCGAAGGCGCGGACGACGACUCCAAAGCGGAAGAGGAGAUUGCGGCGGAGAACGGCUAG